AUGCGGGGUGUCGCCGCCACCGAAGCUCGCACUGAUGGUCAGGAGCAUUACCGAACGAUCACAUGCGGUUCAUCUGCGGGUGCGGGCGACACUAUAAGCGGAAAGGAACGCUCGCUUGGCACAGGAAAUACGAGUGCGGUCAACUGCCACACCAGCGUUGCCAAUAUUGCGAGUACAAAACCCAUAAGCGGUGUAACCUGCUACGUCAUCUCAGGCAGUUCCACCAACUGGACAUUCCUCUGGAGCGGCACCGCAGUGACAGGCAGACGGAUGUACGCCUGCGAGAUGUGCGGCAAGUUGUACUCGCACGCCGUCACACUGCGGCAACACGUGAAGCACGUGUGCGGCAAGGCGCCCCGCCACUGCUGCCAACUGUGCGACUACAAGACUCCUGUGCGCGGCACACUGCUGCGGCACCUGCGAACAGUCCACAAACAAGACAUACCGCCUGAGCGCUUCACUGUCAACAACUCCAAGUACACUACGCGAUGUUUGUUUCUGGAAAGGCACUUAUGCACGUGUGGGAAGCACUACAAGAACAAAGCGUCGCUGGUGUGGCACAUUAGGCACGAGUGCGGCAAGGCGCCUGCGCACAGCUGUCCUCACUGUGUGUACAAGACGCGCGUGCGUAGUAGUCUACUCCGACACCUGCGCAAUGUACACAAGCUGGACGUCCCGCCUGAACGCUAUAUCUCUCGCCCCACGGAACCGGCCGGCAUCGCCUUCAUUAAACAAUAUGGCGGUGACAGGUACACGUGUGACUGCGGCAGGAGUUACAAGCACCUGGUCACGUACCGCCGCCACCAGAACAACGAGUGUGGCCGCACCCCGCGUCAGCAGUGUCACCUCUGCAGCAGGUUCAAGACACACAGGCGCUGCGACUUGCUGCGUCACCUGCGCAACUUCCACAAGCUGCACUCACUGUCACGGACACGGGCGGAGAUCACGAACGUUUCCUGUGUUCCUGCGGCAGAAGCUACAAGUGGAAAGGAACGCUCGUGUGGCACCAGAAACACGAGUGUGGUGGAAAGGAACGCUCCCAGUGCUGCCACCUUUGUGCCUACAAAACCCGGCCUGCGGAGUCACGAGUGUGAGGACUGCGGUCGCCGCUACACCUGGCCGUCCAGCCUCAGACAUCACAAGCUGAGGGAGUGUGGCAAGGCGCCCCCACACGUGUGUCAGCUCUGCCCGUACCGCACAUAUCGCAUCAACGACCUCAAGCGACACAAGGCGGCCAGGCACGGUGGCGGAAGGUACGCCUCCAACUCCACACAGUCGGCGAAGCACAGGUGUACGCAGUGCGGACGUAGUUACUCCUGGCUCUCGAGUCUGAAGCAGCACCUGAUCCGAGAGUGCGGUAAAGAGCCCAUGUUCUCCUGCCAGGUCUGCAGCUACCGCACGUUCCGCAGCAACAACCUCAAGCGACACUACGCUGCGAGGCACAACAUCAUUUAG